GUUGACCCUAAGUUGCUAAAUCAGCCGGUCCAUUCUCUCCGAAGCUCUUCUUCAGUCGUGACUGUGAGUCUGUGACUACUGACUACUCACUUAAGAUGCUUCAGAUUGCUUUGUAUUUGUCAUGUGGUGCUACAGCUUGUUACCUCUGGGGCCGUAGAAUUAAAGGGAAAGCUGACUCUUAUAACAGUAUUACCCGUGUGGCAGACAUCAAAUGUCUAGAUGAUUUGCUGAAAGAGAAAGCCACGAAUCUCCUUGCUGUUGUGUCCGGAAAAGUUGCUUCUGCAACGCCCUUUAACUGCAAACAUGAUGAUAAUGAUUCUUCUUCGGGUGAUGUUUUUGAGGCUAAGUUCGAAAUGGGGUAUGAGACCAAGUUGGACGAUGAUGGUGGUCUGAUAAACAAGUGUCAUAACUUUCUGUUUCAGAUCAAGGAUACUCCUUGGUAUCUUGAAGACGGUACUGGUAUGGUGAAAGUAGUGAGAGCUGAACUUGCUGAUGGAUAUAUUGAUAUUCUGAAACCGCAAUUUGAUAUGUCGUCAAUGAUUGAAAUCUUUCAGAGGUUUCAAAACCCCCAAGAAGGCUCUAAGGUGAUCUGUCGUGGUGCUCUCGAUACUGGUACCUCCUUAACCAUUGUUGGCGAGGUUGCUAGAGACGAAGCUGGUACUCUCACGAUUCAAAAGCCUAUGGAACAGUCUUUUAAGGUCUUCAGUGGAGAGGGCUCGUUUGAUAAAAUGGUUGCCAACUUGAAGUCAAAUUCAGAGUUUUAUUUUUUCUACUCCAAGAUCUUUGGAACUAUUGCUGUGGCUAUAGCCGUCGUGAAAGGUGUGGGUUUCGUAAGAAGGGUUCUACGUGAGAGAGCAGAGAAUGCUGAUUCAGACAACGAAGAUAACCCAUGAGGGAGGAGAAUCAGACAACAGUAGUUUAUGGGGAAUGCAAGUGAAUGAAUUCCCCAUCCUCUAGCAAGUGAAGUCCUUUACGCUCCUUUUGAGAUAGAGAGAGAGAGAGAGAGAGAGAGAGAGAUAUGUUGGGUUUCCUUCAUUAGCCCACUAAUCAAUAAUUAAACCUUUCUUAACUAAGAAGCCCAAGAAGAAGAAGCAUCUACAAGAAGAAGAAACAUCUAGAGGAAGAAGAAGCAUGUAGAAGAAGUAGAAGAGUGUAGAAGGGUGUAGAUUAUUUGUAGAAAGAGUUCUAGAAUUUACCUUUCACUAGUAUAAAUAGAGGUGUUAACCUCACUUGUAUGAUUAUCCCAAAAAAAAUCAAGAAAGCAAUAGAAAGAAAACAUUUCACAAAGAGUUCUAAAUAAUC